AUGAGCGGUCUAGAGAGUGCUGCAGAGCAGCAUACCAACGAGUUGCCGCUUCCCCGGAGGACGUUGCGCAAAGGUACUCGCAGUUGUGCAGAAUGCAAGAGGCGCAAGACGCGAUGUUUUUUUGAACGCCCAACGGAUAGUGUGUGUGUCCUGUGCCAGCGACGUGGAAUGCCAUGUUUCGGCCAGGAGUAUAUGGAUGUUCCCUUGUCUAAUACUGAGACGGACCACAAUCUAGUCGAGAGACUCAAAAGAGCAGAACAGAUACUUGGCGCCAUCUCCAAGGACAUUUCGCGGGAUGUCCGAGGAUCUCAAUCCGAUGGAUCUGGAAAACAGUCACUUCUACCGCGGGAAUCGGCGCAAGACCAGGUCAUACGUGAGGCCCAGCACCACACGAACAACAGCGAUGCCGCCACAGUUGACGCUAAUAUCACCGACACUACAAGGAUGCCAUUUCGACACGACCCGGCUCCGAUACCCUCGCCGCUUUUAAGAGCAGAUCCCACUAGUAAUAAUAACUUUAAUUUCGAUUAUUCCGAUUUAUGCAACACUCUUCAUUUAGCCUUACCAUCCCAGAGAGAUGCCGAUAUCCUUUUCGGGGGUGGUCGCUCGACAAUCUUUGUGCAAGCACUCUACAGUCAUUACGGCGAAUUAUUCCACGAAGGAAAGAUCGUGUCCUCUACAACGCUGGCUGUUCUUCCUGCUGUCACAGCUCACCCGGUUCUUCUCGCGAGGAAGCUGCUCCAGCUUGCGCUCUGCGUACAGCAGCUUGAUUCUUUGUUCGACCAAAGUGUACUAAGCUUGGGUUGUUCUCCAAGUACGGCCAUGAAUAAGUAUCAUGGUCUUGCCUCCAGCCUGGUAACCUGCCAUGAGGAGUCACUUGACUCUAUCGAAGGCCUCGAGUGCCUUCUUUACGAAGGAGUCUAUCUGGUCAACUGUGGCAAUCUCCGCCGAGCACUGCCAUGCCUUCGCCGCGCCUCGACGUUAGCCCAAUUGAUGGGUAUGCAUCGCAAGGUUCCAUACAAAUCAUUGAAGCAACUCGACCCAGCAACCAGUGUCUCUGCUCCUGUAAUAUGGGCGCAUAUCACAUAUCUUGAGCGCUACCUAUCCCUUCUUCUUGGAAUGCCCACCGCUAUUCCACGCUUUCGAUUUACGUCGGACUGCGUGUCAGUUGGAGAUACUAGCACAGAUUGGUUUGAGAAGAAGCAAAUGGAGAUAUUUGAACGGCUGAUUGAGAGAAACCAGGACGGUGACUACGAUGAUAUUGCGAUUACCCAGAAGAUUGACCUGGACAUGACCAAGAUGGCAAACACCGUACCUGAAAAAUGGUGGUCAAUGGAUCUCACUCAAAGCACGAACCAAGAAGAAUUGAUGUUGAAGAUGAUCAGUGCACAACUGCAAAUCAUUCAUUAUAACCUUCUCACGGUCCUACAUCUGCCGUAUCUCUUGCGGAAUGGAGACGAUAGCAGACUCGACUACAGCAAGACAACUUGUCUCUACGCAAGUAGAGAAGUUCUCACCAGAUUUAUUGCCUUCCGUUCCGUAGUGAAUAUAGUGUUUUGCUGCCGCCCCGUCGACUUUUGCGCAUUAACGGCCUCCUUGACACUUCUAUUGGCCUAUUUGACUAGCCACAAGCGGAAGCCAGGGUGGAUGCUAACCCAUCAGCGUGUGGGCGACCGAGCGCUCAUAGAGACGGCGAUGGAGACGAUGGACGAACUUAAUCGUAUUAAUAACGACGAAUUGUCUCUGAAGACUGCAGAGCUGACGAGAAAACUAUUGGAUCUAGAGGCAGAAUGUGCUAGGGGAGGCCAGACGUACAACAGCAGCAUCCAGACAGAUCACGAUCACACCGUUGGAGGCGAGGAUUAUUCGAUCCACCUAAAGGUCCCAUAUUUCGGGUCCAUUAAACUUGCCUAUGACCUCUCCUCUUCGCCGCAAUUCUUUGAUUCAGCGUCGACAUCUUUUAAUCUUCCCAUGAGUCAUUAUUCUACACUCUCGAAUGCUGUACAUGGCUCAAUGGUUCCACACAUAGGCUCCCAGGGAGACGACACAUCGCAAUCGUCGCAAUCAGUGCAAUCGGUGCAAUCGGUGCAACCACCACAGCAUAUCCAUGCUUCUAACGGACAGCUUUCCUGGCAAUUGAACCAGCCGUCCUUCACCUUCUCAUGGGAGGAUUUCUCUCAAUUUGACACAGAGAUGCCAGACCUUAUGGCUACUGCAGAAGACUGGGCAUUCCAGGGUGUAGAUUCCACAUUCUUUGAUACUUUGGUCAACGGCAAUGUCAUCGGUCAGGCUAUCGACAAUCAAAAUUGGGAUUCUUAUAUAUUUUCUCGUUAG